GAGUUCGCCCUUAUCCUCCAAUAUCAAUAUAUUUUACCCUUAUUCGUCAACAUGAUGGACGAUGAAGAUAGCGUGGUCUCCAUUGAGGAUGUUAUCAAAUCUAUCGAUGAAGAAAAAGCCAUCGUUAUGGGCGGCAUCAAAAAUCACGACUCUUGCAGUUUCAUUAGUGGCUACAUGAAACGCCAAGCUCUGUACACAUGUAAAACCUGUUUGGAUAUAUCUACCACCAAGGCUGCUUUCUGUUAUCCUUGCUUGGUCAAUUGCCACGAAGGUCACGAUACCGUAGAACUUUACACUAAGCGACGUUUUCGUUGCGAUUGUGGUAACGCCAAAUUUGGCCAGUUUCAAUGCACUCUGUGGGAGGAAAAGGAUGACGAAAAUAUUGAAAACCAGUACAACGACAAUUUCUCCAACUGCUACUGCAUUUGUAAGCGACCUUACCCAGAUGAGGAUUAUGAAGGAAAUGAAGAAAUGAUUCAGUGUGGUUUAUGUGAAGAUUGGUACCAUAUUGAGCAUCUAAAUUUGCCAAACAACGUUAAGGCUCCUGAAGAUUAUGAGGAGAUGACGUGUUUUCUUUGUCUCCAGAAAUACUCAUUUCUAUACUUUUAUGCACUUGAGCACGAAGAAGAGGCAUCUUGCGAGCUCUCUGAAUCAAUUCGGAGGAUGCUAACCAGUAACCCGCUACUGCAAAACCGCCAACUUGAGACAGAGCACGAAGCCAAACGCUGCAAAUUAGCUUCUCUAUCCGAGGAUAUUGGUGAGAAAUCUGAAGAAUGUCAUCUUUCGGCGACUAUCCAUCGUUUUGGUACCAAACAAUCGUGCGACAUCACUGUAAAGGAUCUAGAUUUAUCAAAUGCAUCCGAACCGCCCUCGAUCUUUUGGUCAGCAAGUUGGCGGGAACGACUUUGCAAGUGCAGCAAGUGUCAGGAGUCCCUUGUCUCUUAG